UCUUUCCUAAAAUCCUGCCUACGCCCCUGUUUGGUGCCACAGUUUGUAAUUGUUACUGAAGCUGCAUCCCGGGAUUUUUAUUGGGUUUUAGAUGGUUUUGGCAACUUUUGGAUGCUGCUAGUCUCGGCCCAGCCCCUGCUGAAAAAAAAAAAGCUGGUGCAAUGGCAGAAUUAGCUCCUAAAGACAUACUGUUACAAUCAGCAGAAGAUGGGGAUCAGAAGCGUGUAUUGAAUGCCCUUAAAGCUAAUGCUGAUAUCAAAUGUAUCAAUGAAAGUAAUGAGACACCUUUACAUUUAGCAGCAAAGAAAGGACAUCUUGAAAUAGUUGAAAUUUUACUAGCUAAAGGUGCCAAUGCUACAUACAGUUCUACUGACAAGAACAAAUGGAGUCCACUUGAUGUUGCAGUCAAAGAAGGUCAUGAAAAAAUAGCUAAACUAUUAGUUGAAAAAGGAUGCCCUGUGACAAAUACUGCAAUGAAAUUUGCUACUCAAGCUGGUCUAAUUUCUACUAUUAAAUUUGUGAUUGAGAACAAUGAUAUUGACCUAGCUGAAUGUGUUGAUGAGAAUGAUGGGCGGACACUCUUACACCAUGCAGCAGAAUAUGGGUACACAGAUGUUGUUGAGCUGUUUCUUAAUGGAAAAAGAAGAGUUGAUACCAACUGCAAAGACUUUUUCCGAACAAGACCAAUUCAUUUAGCAGUUCAAAAAGGCAAUAUUACUAUUAUUCAGAUGCUAGUCGAUCAUAAUGCUGAUGUAAAUUGCAAAGAUUUGGAUGGAAUGACCCCAUUACAUUAUGGUUUUAAAACUAAAAAUCAACCUGUUGUUGAACAUUUACUUUAUAAUUGUGAAGCUAAUCCAAAUAUUUGUGAUAAAGACAACAGAAGUAUCCUACACUUUGCUGUAGACACCAUUAAACUGCACAUGUUGGACAAAUCAAUUAGUAUAUUUGAGGUACUUGCAAGAAAAGCUGAUGUCAAUAUUAAAGAUAAGGAUGGAAAUACUCCACUACUAUAUGCAGUUCUUGUAUGUUCUGUGAGACUGGUGACUAUACUGUUGGAGAAUAAAGCUAAUCCUAAUAUCAGGAAUAAUCUAGGACAUACAGCUCUUCAGUAUGCUGUAAGUCAGGAAAAAUUUGAAAUUCUAAUACUUUUACUGGAUUAUAAUGCAGACCUAAAUGCAAGAAUGACAAAAAAAGAAGAACGUUUUAAAAAUGACCCUAUGUCAAGAGUUAAGAUCGAUGAAACAGCUCUGCACUUUAUUAUUAGACUAAAAUUUUCAAGUCACUUUUAUAAGCUCCUUUUAAACAGAGGGGCUGAUCUAAAAAUUUGUGAUGCAGAUGGAUAUACUGCUUUAUACUAUGCAGCUAUGAAUAAAGAUUAUGAUUUGGUAGAAUACCUAAAUGCGAAAGGAGCUGACAUUAAAGUCAAAGAUGUGAAUGGUUUGACACUUUUGCAUCAUGCUGCAAUAAUGAAUAGCUAUAGGCUGACUGAUUUAGUACUUGCAAACAAAAAACUGGAUGUUAAUAUGGCAUGCAAGAAAGGAAACUCAGCAUUGCAUUAUGCAGCAAUGAAUGAAACUGAAGAAGAGGAAGAUGAUGAAUAUUGUAAUGAAAAAAAAUGGAUUUGUUUAUUGCUUAUUAAUAAAGGGGCUCAAAUUAAUUGCAAGAAUGAGCAGAAUGGAAUGACUCCACUAUUGUAUGCAGUAUCAAAAAAGUACACAGAAAUUGCUAAAGUCAUAAUUAAGGCUUCAAAACAGCAAGCUAUUGAAAAAAAUAUUCUUCAAGCGACAAACAAGAGUAAAAUGUCUGCAUUGCAUAUUGCAAUAGCUAAUAAAGAUGAAGAUAUAGUAAAUUUGCUAUUGGCAAGUGACUAUUUUUUAAAUGAACCUGAUGAGAAUGGUAUGACUCCUUUGCACUAUGGUUCAUUUUAUGGUUUUUUACCUGAUUAUUUUCUUCAGCACAAAAAUUUUAGACAUUGUUUGAAUCACCAAAAUGAGAUUACUGGAAAAACAGCAUUACAUUAUGCUGUUGAAGGUAACCAUAAAAAUGAAGUAGUUAUACUGCUUGAUAAAGGAGCAGAUUUAUUCCUUGAAGACAAAGUAAAUACUGUAGCAUUUUUCUUUUAUUAA